GGUAUCAAAUUUGACCAGUCUAUGUUUUUAUGUAACUGAAUAUAAAAAGUUAUGAACAGUCUUUGGAUGACUAAGCUGUGAGUGACAGCAGUGAGUCUGGUCAGAGGUGAGCGUGGGUGUGUUUGCGAGGGUCUUCAGAGCUUGGACACACUCGUGUUUGCACUUUCUCCAUUGGUUAAUGUGUAAUGUAAGCACAGAAUAAAGCUGUUGCUCCUCGUCGCCAGUGUUUCUAUAGUCUGAGCGUCCCGGGGGAGAAAACAUGAGCUACGGUCUGUUCUUCUCCGCUGAAACAUGGGCUCUGCUCAUGCUGUUUGUGGCACUUCUGUAUAUAUAUGGAUCCUGGCCUCACAGUUUCUUCAAGAAGCUGGGCAUCCCGGGUCCUAAACCUCUUCCAUUCUUCGGAACGAUGCUGGAAUAUAAGAAGGGGUUUUACAAUUUUGAUGUGGAGUGUUUCAAGAAGUAUGGACGAGUCUGGGGUUCCUAUGAUGCGAGGCAGCCCGUUCUGUGCAUCAUGGACCAAUCCAUCAUCAAAACCAUCCUGGUUAAAGAAUGUUACUCUCUUUACCAACAGAAGGGUAAAAUCUUCUUCUUCUUCAUCGUCAUCGUUCUGAAAUCCUUUGAGAAUUUUGAAAUGUAG